UUGUUAAAGUGCGUUUUCGCAUACAUCUAGCACCGAACAACCUUGUUCUUUUCGACCCGUGCAUAGCCAAAUAAGCAACUUGUUUUUUCAAAGGCACAUAACUGCCAUCGUCGCGAAAAACGUAACAUGUUCACCGAAAUUUUCUUUUUAGUUUUCUUCACUUGUUGUGAAUCCUUCGCCGCUAAUCUGCCGCCCGAGAUUCAGAAGUGCAAAUUGGGUACUCCCGACUUCGAAGAAUGCAUGAAGAAAAGUAUAGACUUCGCGGGACACUUUUUCAAGAAUGGUAGCGCAGAAUUCGGAUUACCCAGGAUCGAUCCUUUUUUUGUGGACAAAAUGGAAAUUCAAGGGGAUCCGUCGAAAUCGGUGCGCUUGAAUCAGAAAUUCGAGAAUGUCGCGCUGACCGGUCUGCUGGAUUCAAAAAUCAAAUAUUUCAAAUAUAUUCCCGACGAGGGCAAAUGCGUGUGGGAAUUGGACGUAUUCACUCCGGCGACCCACAUGAUAGCCGAUUUCGAAAUGACAGGCCAAAUUCUCCUUUUUCCAAUCAACGGGCACGGCAAGUGCACCGUGGAUUUGUUUAACGUCACCAACGAGCAUCGGGCCCAGUGCGAGCACUAUUCGAAGAAAGGCAAGACAUUUCUGCGCCUAAAAAAUUACUCGAUGAAGAUGCACGUCGGUAACUGUCGUUUCGUUUUCCCGAACCUGAUGCCCGGAAACGAGCAGAUAUCCAAGGAAAUCCAAAAAGUGAUCGACGAAAAUUCGUUGGAAAUCUUUAACGACGUCAAGAGUGGCUUCGAGAAGCUACUGUCUUCGCUUCACGAGCGAGCGUCGAACGGCAUGUUCUCGAGGGUUCCCGAAGACGAAUUGUUCUUAAUGUAGAUUCAUGUAAAUAAAAUGUGUUGACGUUGGA